UAAGUUUGUGUCUUACGUCUGAAACUCUUGACUUUUUUGUUUCGCUGAGUUAGAAAAGAAGAAAAAAUGAAAAUUUGAUUUGAUUUAUGCGUCUGGCUAAUUGGGUUGUCAUCAAGAUCGUGCCUUUAGCUUAAAGUUUGAUUUGUUUAAAGCAAAAUCAUGGGUUCUGCUUGGUUGCUAAGAAAAUACUAGAGACAAAAUUUUGAAGGUUUUGUAUAAUUUUUUUAGCUGGGUAGUCACCAAUAAUGGUUUAGAGUUAAAUUUUUUAUACUUAUCACUGUCAAUUUGCAAUUUAUUAACCAUACUGAUUUAGUCAUACUUAAUUAUUGUUAUUUUAAUUAAUAACCCAUGUUGUGUGAAAUAUGGGUGGAAGUAUUGGCUUGUGUUGACUUACAGCUAGAAAGUCAUUGGUUUUAUUUAGAGUUUAUGGAGGGUUUACAGUGGUUGAGAAAUCUAACAUGGUUGCAGUUUCAGAAUCCGGGAAGAGUUCAUGUUCUUUUUUUCAGCUAUGCCUUUUUGUAUUGUCUCAGGAAAUGAAUUUGUGUUUCUGUUAGAAAUUUGAUUGUGUAUCUGGUUGGCUGAGUUGAUCUUGAAGAUUUGAGUCUGAGGCUGAUAAAAGGUCAACUUACAGUAUUUGUUAGAUGAUUUUAUUGAUAUUUCUCCUCCCAGUUUGCUCUCAGUUUAUCUUGAGCUUGUCCGAUGGCGAUUUCUCCAUAAUUAGCUGGUAUCCAUGGAAGUUUGAUAUCAGUAAUAUGUUCUGAAGGUUUUAUAUGAGACCACAACACUAAUUUAAAAUAUCACUCUGUUGUUUGAAUAUACUACUUCAAGUCGACAGAAUGGAGGAGGGAUUGCCAGAGGCAGAGCCUUCUGUUUCAUUAUGGGACAGAAUUGCCAACUCAAAGACUAUGGCUUGGGAAGCAUACAAAAGAAAGCCAACAUCUCACUGGAUUCUUUUGGCAUUGAGCAGUGCAGCAAUGCUUGUUGCAUUUCCUGCUUCAAGCCUUCUGUCUCGAGUCUAUUUCGAUAAUGGCGGCACAAGCAAGUGGGUCAUUUCUUGGGUGGCAGUUGCUGGAUGGCCUUUGACUGCUUUAAUCUUACUGCCUACAUGUUUCUUUCUCAAAACUUAUCCCACUCCUCUGGACUUGAAACUCACUCUUUCUUACAUUGUUCUGGGUUUCUUGAGUGCUGCUGAUAACCUCUUGUAUGCAUACGCGUACGCCUACCUGCCGGCAUCAACUGCUGCUCUUAUAGCAUCAUCAUCCCUAGUUUUUUCUGCGCUAUUUGGAUAUGCUAUCGUGAACAAUAAACUCAACGCUUCAAUGAUAAAUUCUCUUGUGAUAAUUACUGCUGCUAUGACCAUAAUUGCAUUGGAUUCAAAUUCUGAUAGAUACAGCUAUGUGACUAAUAAACAAUACAUCAUGGGAUUCUUCUGGGAUAUCCUGGGAUCAGCACUCCACGGGCUCAUCUUCGCUCUUUCUGAGCUAGUGUUUGUGAAGUUAUUAAGCAGAAGGUCCUUUCAUGUUGUAUUGGAGCAACAAGUCAUGGUUUCUUUGUUUGCCUUUGUGUUUACAACCAUAGGAAUGGUUGUGACCAAAGAUUUUCAGGGAAUGAAGGCCGAGGCCAAAACUUUCAAGGGUGGUGCCAGUGCAUAUUACCAGGUUCUCAUAUGGGGUGCAGUCACUUUCCAGUUAGGGAUAUUGGGAGGCACUGCUGUUCUUUUCUUGGCUUCCACUGUGAUGGCUGGUGUUCUGAAUGCAGUAAGAGUGCCUAUCACUGGCAUUGCCGCAGUUAUACUGUUACACGAUCCCAUGAGCAGCUUCAAGAUCCUUUCACUAAUUAUUACCUUCUGGGGAUUUGCUUGCUACAUCUAUGGAAGUUCCUCAGUGAGCAAAGAUCCUCAUUCAUAGUAUAUGAAUAAUGUUAUAAUGAUUCUUUCUUUUCUGUUUUAUAAGUGUAUCAUGUGCCACUAAAGAAUACAAAUUAAUUUCUUGAAACAGAUUCUGCGAGGCCCUCUUUGCAAGUUUUAUAAAGUUUGAUCUUAUGGCGAAA